UCUCUCCGAUCCUCCAGUUCAUACUAAAACAAUAUAACCCUCUUUUUCCACCCCCCACAUGCCACAACACCCCAUCAAACACUCCUUACCUGAUCCUCCAGUCCAUAUUAGACAACCCAACCCUCUUUCUUCUACCCCACAUGCCGUAACACUUAAUCCAAUACGCUUCACUGGAAUUUCUCGUCCUCAUGGUCUCCUGUUUAACACCUCCGCUUCCUCUCCCACACAGGCCCUCUGGUGGUGGUAAGGGUGGCACAGGGGGACACUGCUCGUCUUCCUUGUGGGCACCCCGAAGCGCGGCACCCCGGGGACCACAUGAGUCUCGUCCUGUGGUACCGCGACAAGACUUCCAGACCCUUCCUCAGCUACGACGCGAGAAACAGAUCCCUCGAGCUCCUCCUCACCACCGAACCACCUUCAACCACCACCACCGCCGCCACCACAACAACCACCUCUACCACCACCACCACCACCACCACCACUGCCGACCCCUAUCACCAGUACAACUUCUACCACUACAACAACAACAGCAUCGCCAGUCUAUACCACAUACCCAGCAACACCAGCAGCAGUAGUAGCAGUAGCAGUAGCAGUAGUAGUAGCAGCAGGCCGUCGACAAGAUACAUACGAAGCAGUGACAGUGGCAGCAGGAGGAGGAGGAGCAGCAGCAGUAGCAGUAACAGACAAGUAAACACAAGCAGUACCAGGGAAGAGGAGGAGGAGGAGGAGGAGGAGGAGGAGGAGGAGGAGGAGGAGCAAGACGAGGAGCAGGAAGAGGAGGAGGAUCGAACCGGGGACGUGGAAGUGAAAGACAAACAAGAAGCGACCCAGCAGGCGGUAGCAGCAGCGAGGAAGGCGGAAGAAGAGGAGGAAGAAGAGGAGACGAAAGAGACGAAGACGAGGACAACCGACACUGGGAGAGAAAUGACAAAACAAGAUAAACAAGACAAAAAGAAGGAGGAGAAAGUGAAGCCCUGGGGGAGGAAGGAGGGAGACAGUGAGGGGGCGGAGAGGAGGUUCCUGGAGGAGGGCGGCACGACCCUGGUGGUGCGGGAGGUGCGGCAGGAGGACCAGUCGGAGUACAGGUGUCGCGUCCACUUCCGGCUCUCCCCUACCUGGACGCGGCGACUCCUGCUCAUCGUGCCAGCGGGGGUGCGAGAUGUCGCCAUCCUGGACGAGGGGGGCAGGGAUGUGGGUGGCCGCCUCAACCCCGUGGCGGAGGGGGCCAACCUCACCCUCACCUGCCGCGCCGCCCACGGUAAGGCCAGAGUGGCGGGCCUCACCUGGCUACUCAACGGAGAGGAAAUCGACUCCACGUGGGCGCCGGGUGUGGGCGUGGGCGUGAGCGAGAGCGUGGGCGUGGCGGUGAACACUCUGCACCUGGUGGGCGUGGAGGAGCGGCACCGGGACGCCCACCUCACCUGCCAGCUCAUCACCACCCCCGCCCUCACGCCACCCACGCCCGCGGACCCCAACGUCACGGUUACGCCCUUCCCCGCCCAUGACGACCCGCCUCCGCCAGACGCCCACACCGCUGCCAACAUCACCUACGCCUCCACCCGCAUCGCCAUGUUCUACGUGCCCGAGGCCAGCCUGCGAGUGGAGGGCGGGCGUGGUGGCGCGGGAGCAACAGUGGAGGUGGCGGAGGGGGACAGCGUGACCUUCCUGUGCCGCGUGACAGCCGACCCGCCCGCUUAUAACAUCACCUGGCUUCAUAAUGGCCGCGUGGUGGGCGUGGGCGGGCGGCGGUGGCGGCGGGACCGGGCCUCGCUCGUGGUGUCCCCCGUAGAGAGGACGGACGCCGGUCUUUACACCUGUCUGGCUUCCAACAGAGAGGGCGACGGGCACUCCAACGCUGUACGACUCCGCGUCACUCACCCGCCGUACUGCGCGAGGCCCCAGGGGGCGGCGCCCCGCCACGUGGUGGUGGCGGCUAACACUUCGGUCAGUCUGCGGUGCCUGAUGGAGGCCGUGCCGAGCGACGUGUCCUUCAUGUGGAGGGUGGGGCCGCCUCUUCCACCAAGGAGCUUCUCGGGGGAGCUCACGGUGCCCCCGCACCAGCAGCCCCUGGGGGUCGCCAGUGCCGCUCAACUGACCACGCAAAACACCCCGGAAGGCGCCUCAGCGGCCGGCGAAUGGGAAGGCCCCUGGAGGGAGGCGUGGAAGCAGCUGGAGUCAGGUGAGGGCGUGGCCACGGUGGAGGGGCGAAGAGACCCAUCCAAGGCAGGCGCCUCCAGCCUCACCCUCUCCCCCGGGGCCUCCACCGUGGUGGGCUGCUUCGCCAGGAACAGUGCCGGCCACACCCGCGUGCCCUGCCGCUACACCCUCACCGUGGUGGAACCCCCCAAGGCCCUCACCAGCUGUAACGUGACGCUGCUGGACGUGACGCGGAUGGAGGUGAAGUGUCAGGAUCCCGCUCACGCCCAGACGCCCCAGCACGCCCACGGGGGAGGCGGCGGCGAGGGGGAGGGGGCAGCGGGCCACCCUCACGUCCACCACGCCUCCCCCAGCCUCAGCUUCGUCAGGUCCCCAGGGGCGUCGAGUACCAAGGCUAAUAUGGAGGUUUGGUCGGGCAACACACUGGUGGCGAAUGUGAGCGCAGGGCGACCCCAGUUCUCAGUGCGCGGCCUUCCCCCCGACACGGAGCUGCGCCUCGUCAUCUACACCGCCACGCCCCACGCCCGCUCCCGCCCGCUGCGCCUGCACGCCCGCACGCUGCCCCGCAAGGUUGCCCACUUCACUGUACCCCCACCGACCUCCCGCCCCACCCACACCCGCCCCCCGCCAGCAGCUGACGUGCCCACCCCGCCCUCUCAUGGUCCCCUCGACGCCCUGGCCUGGGAGGUGGCGGGCGGCGUGGGCGGGGCGUGUGUGGCGCUGCUGCUGGUGGCGGGGGUGCUGGGGGCGGCGAGGGUGUGGCGGCGGCGGCGGAGGAGCGACGGUCUGAUGCUGGAUGAGGCGGCGGCAGGAGGAGCAGGAGGAGGGGAAGGAAUAGGAGGAGGAGGAGGAGUGCUGCCUGGUGGAGAAGGUGACAGCACAGAGGAGCAUCAGCAUCUGCAGCACCACGCCGCUCUCGUCAGCACUACUUCAGAGGAGAGCACGUGGGCGGGGCUCGAGUGGCAAAGCUCCGUCAUGUGAGCCAGAUGGACAAGACGGAAGACGAGGGAGCCAACCACCGACCAGGCACCUCAUCAUCGUCAGCAUCAGCAACGACAAACAGCAACACCAUCAACAACAGCAACAUCAACAACAACAACAACAACAGCGCAACGCAAUACAACGCAAGGAUUUAUAGAACAGUUUCCCCUUAAAAACUUGCCCUUUCUUGAUACGAGUACUGCCAUUCCUCUCCCUUUUCCCCUCUCCCUAUUUCCCUCUUCCUAUUUCCCCUGUUCCUUCCUUCCUGUGUCAGUGCCCCUUCUCUGCCCCUCUCUUCCCUUUCCUUGUCCCUUUUCUCACUUCUCUUUCCGGUUUACCUUUCCCCUUGCUUGCUGUUUCAAUCCUCUUCCUCUUUCCCACUGUCGUAUUUUUUUUCUUUCCUAUUUCCUUCCUUUUCUCUUCUCUUAUUUUCUCUUUCAGUGGUCUCUCUCUUUUCCCUUUUCCUUUCCAUCUUUGGUAUUUUACUCUCUCUCUUUCUCUCUUUCCUAUUUCUCUCUUCUUUCUUUCUAUCUUUCUUUCUCUCUCUCUUCGUCCCUUUCCUUCUUAUCCUUAUUCCAGUCUUCCACAUUUCCUUGAUCCUCUCAUAUUUUUACCUAUUCCCUCCACUUCCCCUUCCUUCCUUAUUCGUCUAUUUCCAUUUUCCAUUCCUCUCUCCACAGAGAUGUUCCUCCUUCUCCAUCUCGUCCUCCUUCUUCUCUUCCACCAUUCAUACUUUAUCAAUUCUUCCCUUCCAUCCCUCUCCCACUAUUCCUCUUCCCCACUCCGUCUCCCUUUUUAUCGGAUCACCACUGUUUCUCUCUCAUUGUAUUGUUGUAUUUGACUCUCUUUUUCUCCUCCUUCUCCUUCUCCUUCUCCUCUUACUUCUUCUUUUACUAUUCGUCUUCGUUACUGUUUAUCUUGUCGUGUUUAUAUAUAUUCCACUUUCUUCUUGACUCUCUCUCUCUCUCUCUCUCUCUUUCUCUCUCUCUCUCUCUCUCUCUCUCUCUCUCUCUCUCUCUCUCUCUCUCUCUCUCUCUCUCUCUCUUCGUCCGAUAUUAACUCAUGUUUGUACAUUUGUAUUAAACUGUAAGAACAAU